UCUGUUUUCGUGUUUAUUUAAAUCUGACCGUCUCAUAAAUAUUAUAAAUAUCUAUGUUUUUAUCAGCACCUUGCGACGAUUAUUGAGCUGAUAGCUGAGUUAAUCGAACGAUUGCUGGAUUUUCCCUUCGCAAUUGUGAUCGUUUAGACCAGUUUUGUUUUGUGUGACGAAAUCCGAACGGUGUAAACAUGCCUUGUGUUCAUUAUAAGUUUCGAAGUAAACUCUCUCACGACACGAUCCCGUUUGAAAGCGUUCACAUCACUGUGAGAGAGUUAAAACAAAAAAUUAUGAAGCGCGAGAGACUGAUGCUCUGUGAUUUGCAGAUCAGCUGCGCGCAAACCAAUGAAGAAUACACUGAUGAUGAAGCUCUUAUUCCCAACAACACAUCAGUCAUCAUCAGACGAAUCCCUGCUGCUGGGCUCAAAUCCACAAACACAAGAUUUGUCAAUAAUUGGCUUGAACCAUCAUGUGGAUCUUCACAAACACAGCAGGUUGGUGAUUCUUCACCAGUUUCACUGGAUCUGCUUCUGAAGACUGAGAAUCUGGCCGAGGCAAAUGCAUCAGAGGAGGACAAACUCAAAGCUGUGAUGUACCAGUCCAGUCUGUGCUAUUAUUCCAGCAGUGACGCGAUGAAGCUGAUCGGACUGCAUCCCCCAAACUACAUCUGCUUCCGCUGUAGGAUUCCCGGACAUCACAUUAAAAACUGUCUGAGCAAUGCGGACAAAAAUCAUGCUCCUCUUAAACGCAUGCGGAAAUGCGCAGGGAUUCCUCGUAGUUUCCUGGUGGAGGUGGAUGAUCCUGACAGAAAGGGAGUCAUGAUGGACAGCAGUGGGAAAUACGUAAUUCCCGUUAUGGAUGCCGAUGCCUAUGCCACUGGGAAGAAAGAGAAGCCGCCCUUCUCACCCCAGAAUGAGCCUUCAUCCCCUUCCUCAUCCUCAUCCGAUCUGAUUCCUGCCGCGCUGCUGUGUCUGAUCUGUAAGGAUCUGCUGACUGAUGCCGUGAUGAUUCCCUGCUGCAGGAGCAGCUCCUGUGAUGAAUGUAUCAGAACGUGUCUGCUGGAGUCUGACGGACAUGUUUGUCCAUCCUGCAGACAGUCAGAUGUUUCUCCUGACAGUUUGACUGCAAACACGGCUUUGCGUCAAGAGGUGAAUCAUUUUAGGAAUGGAACCAGAUCUUUGCACUCCUACAGCUGUCGAUCACGGUCUCCCAACCAAAAAUCAAAGAGGCGUCGGGAUGUGAGAGGGAAUCGUUCCCGCUCCAGAUCUCCUCUAAACAGAUAUACAGACCAGAAGAGACCACGCUACUGAGAGGCUUUCAGUCCUGCAUUGGAGAAACCUUGUGAAGCAUUGACUUCAAGAUCUCAAAAAAAAAACACUAGCAGCAAAACACAAAAACAA